AUGGCGAGUACCGAGCUUUCCCAAAGUCUGCUAGAUAUCAUCUCGUCUCUCACGCAAGAUGAUAUCCCAUUCAAACUCCGCUGCGCCAUUUGCAACAAUCUAGCAAUCAACGCCUUUCGCCUGCCAUGCUGUGAUCAGGCCAUAUGUGAGAGCUGCCAGACAUCACUGCCCGAAAGCUGCCCAGUCUGCGAACACAACCCUGUCUCUCCCGAGCUGUGCAAGCCGAACAAAGCUCUUCGUACAACGUUAAAAGCUUUUUUGCGGACAGAAGAGAAGAAGCGGGAGAAAGACCGACCGUCUACUACACCGACUGUGAACACAACUCCACCUGCGCCGAACGUGUCGGUUGAAACCCAAGCCGAGCCUGUUAUCGCUGUAACUAAAACCUCGGACAAUGCUGUAUCCGCGGAAACUGUACCGGUUGAACCAGCUGCAGAUGUUGCCGCUGAGGACCCUUCUGUCGAUCAGAACGAUGUGCCCGAAGCUCCUUCAGUUCAGGAAAAUGGAAACUUAGUACCAUCUACGGACGAAAAUGGAGCCUGCCCCGUCUCAGCGGAUGGUGCACUGGACGAUGCUGAAGCCCCAGAAGGUGCCGAAGCUCAGCCUGCACAAUCAGAGAGUGACCCCAACCAGAUGUACCCGAAUAUGGGAGCUGGUAUGGCGGGAAUGAUGCCCGGCAUGGGUUGGGCCGGCCAGGAUAUGAGCGCAAUGGCACAAUUCAUGCCCAAUGCAAUGGGUAGUUUUCCAAACACCAUGGGAAUGCCUGGAAUGGGUCCGUUGAAUGCAGCUCAAGGAAUGUUCGGGGGUUUUGGUAUGAACAUGAAUAAUAUGAGCAAUGGCAUGAAUAUGGGAUAUGGCACAGAGCAGCAAAUGUAUAACAAUUGGGACAAUUCUCAAAGCAAUAUGUACAAUCCAAAUCCGUUCUCGAAUGGUAUGGGCCAAGAUUAUGGCACCUCUGGAUAUGCUGGAUACAUGUCCCAACCCAACGGGAACUAUUCUCAAAUGCAGCAAUACCCUAACCAAAAUUUCCAAAAUGGCUACUAUGGAAAUAGCCCUGGCUAUAUGAGAGGCACGGGACGCGGCCGUGGCCGCGGUUUCUAUUGUGGCCGUGGCGGGUACGAUCAUGCUAACUACUACCAGCAGAACUACCAGAAUAAUGUAUCUCAAGGACCCAUGAACCAGGAAACGGGUCAGACUGAAGAUGAUAUCAAAAAGUUCAACAAUGAACUAGCUCCGGGUGGUGGCGACGAUCAUUUAGCAGACGGCCCAUCCAAAGAUAGUACUAUAACUGGACCCGAAGAUGCGAACGCUGCUGACAGUACAGACCGGACUGAUAAUCCGUUGGAAUCUGGGAACAAUGGUGAACCCACUAGCCUCGACGAGGGACCUACUUCUCAAUUACAAGGUAUCCCUACUAUUGACGAUAUUGAUAGCGCACCAUCGCAGCCUAUGGGUUACUCUAGAGGACCAAUGCCAGUCAUGGAUCAAGGAUAUGGUCGAGGUAGGGGUUUUGGUCGAGGAGGUUUCAUGAGUCACCGCGGUGGUUUCUACAAUAACAAUAAUAUGCAAGGCCCACCUCCUGGACAAGGCGUUGUUGGGGCUCCUUUAGCACCCCGUGCUAUGCGUGAGGGAAUUAAUAGGGGCGGACUAUUUUCGGGUAGGAGAACUGCUUCGAUUUCACAGACUGCAGAGAACAGUUCACGCGGAGCAACCCCAUCAAUACCACAAGAGAAUGUGGUUCCGCACUCACCCUCUGCUGCCGACCCUAAAACACGUUCUUACUCGCCAUCCAGAGAAAGAUCUCCCAGACCAUCACGUGCUCAAUCACCGCCUAAUCCAGAGUCUCGACAUUCCCGGAAUCAUCGCCGUGACCGAUCUGGGUCUGCACAUGAUAGUAUCGACGACAGAGACCGAAAGGAUCGUCAUAGACGGUCACGGCGUGAUGAUAGAGAUUAUGACGCACGUUCACAGUCACGCUCUCGCUCACCAUCAGAACGACGUUCAUCCCACCGUUCUGGCAAGGAUCGAGAUCACAAGUCGAGCCAUCGCUCGUCCAGGGCUCGCCGUCAUAGCCGGAGUGUGAGCCGACGUCGUGAGCGCGGAUCCGCGGCCAUGACCUCAAAUGGCGACGACAAAUAUGACCUUGCGAGACGAAUCAUCAACGCACAACGACUUGGCAAAGCUUCUUCAAGCAGGCACGAAACAGAGUCGCGCAAGCGUGGCCGUUCCGAGCGCGAAAAACGUCACGACCAUGACAGUGACCGUGGUACUGACCGGGACAGAGACGGCCGGCGCGACCGAGAUAAAGCGCGUGACAGGGAUCGCGAACGAGACCGUGAGAAAGAUCGCAAACGCUCCCGUCGCGAUCGUUCUCCGUCAGGAGACGAAAGCGACUCUUCACGCCGUCAUUCGCGUCGUUCCAAACGGAGCCAUCGCGAUGGGCACGACGUUACUGAUAAAGAAAGAACUGAGGAGAGAGGAGCAGCUUCAAGCAAAGAUCCACAUACGUUAGAGCGCGAAGCUCGUAACCGUGAGCGGUUGAUGAAGGAGAAACAGCGUCGUGAUGCAAUGACCGCAGAGCGCGACAGCAAGAGCUCCCGCCGCCAGCACGAUCGGGAGACGGCUAGUGGACGAAGGCUUAAUUAUAGGUACGAAGGUGAUGAUGAUGACAUGUCUCGUGUAGAGGAAGAGCGCGAGGCUGGUCGAUGGAGAUAG